ACACACACACACACACACACACACACACACACACAGUGCUGGGGUGGAGAGAGAACAAAGUACAGGACCUUUAUCAGCUGUAAUGUCUCAGUCAGAGGUGAAGCUGGAGCUUGAAGUUCUCCACAUCUUCAGGACAGAGGAGUUUACACUUCUGUGUGUUUCUCAGUAACAAUAAGAGAUUUCUCUCUUAUUAAAAAAGAGAGAGAAUAAAGAGAGAGAGAUAUAAAGAGAGACUGCUGAGGGGACGAGUGUUUAGAGCUAACACACACACACACUAGAGGAAGUGACUAUAACAUUAAUGUAACAUUAUGGUGAUGGUGAUUUAUUGUAGUCGGAUCUUUAACUAACAGCGUUAAUGAAACCACAGGAGAACUGAGCGCGUGUCAGUGAGUCGUCACGCCGGGGAGUUAGUGAUGAUCAACACGAGCAGAGACAACAACACCUGCACUGGACCUACUGGGGUAAUGGGGCUAACAGGACUCAUUUGUCUCAGUGGACUCGUCUCUGUCCUCUCUGUCGUGUCUGGAUCUGAGGGACGUAACAGAUGCGAGUGUCCACCAGCGACCAUCACACAUCAGUUUCCUUCCCACGUCUCCAACCAGACCUGCUGUCUGAACUUCACUGGAUCUUCAUUUCCACAUGUCUCAUGGACCACAUUAAGGUUCACGCCCAACCUUCAGAUCCUGGAUUUGUCCUCCUGUAAUGUCACACGUCUCCACGACACGGCUGCAGGUUCCACUCCUGCUUCACUACGAGAACUUUAUUUAAAUCAGAACCAGCUCAGAUUCCUUCCUCCAGAUUUCCUUAUUGAUGCUGUCAAAUUGGAGGUGCUGGAUUUGGGCCAGAACCUUCUGGAGGAACUUCCUGUCCAUUUUCUAAAGAACGCUGAAAAUCUGCAAGUUCUGAUUCUUAGUGGAAAUCAUUUGAACUCACUUCCUGUCUCCAUCCUGAAACGUCCCCUGCAGCAGAUGGACUUAUCGGGGAAUCCGUGGACAUGCUCUUGUGCUUUUGUGGAGGAUUUCUACUCUGCUGAUCAGGGCAACUCCAGCAGGCUGCAGGACACUGUGGGUAACCUGACAUGUGCCUCUCCUGAGAACCUUUCUGGUAGGACACUUUGGUCCGUCCAUACUGAUGAGGUUUGUCGUCUUUCAGGUCUGAAUGCUCUCUUCAUCCUGCUUCCACUCCUCCUCCUCAUUGUGCUGACACUUUGCUGGUGUUGUGGGAGGAAGGAGGAGAAGAAGGACUCGCCCAAAUUUGGGACAGUGCGUAUGAAGAAUGAAGAUUUAAGAAAAGAGGGCACAAAGGACAACAUAUUGGAGACCCAGCUGAUGUUCAGACCUUCUUCAGCUCUUCUGGGCAGCACAAGGGACAUCUACGAGGAAGUGGCGGUCAAAUUGGGGUCAGUAGACUCUCUGGGACCUCCACCUUCCACCUCAUCUGGUAAGGAGGAGAACCAGGAACUGGAAAUUAAGCAGGAUCUAGAGACGGUGAGUGUGAGUGAAGUGAUGAGGGACUCAGCAGAUCGAGAGAAGGCCUACAUGAUUCAGUCCACUAAAUACUACAGUCUGGUCCCAGGGCUGGAAAUCGAGGACUCAGACCACGGAGACUACGAGAGUGUGGAUCUGUCAUGAAGCUCAUUUUCUCUUUAGAACAAUUCCAGUCUAUUUACAUAACCUGGAUUCUACAGUUAUGGAGGUUUCAUGUUUACUGAGAGAGGAGACGUGAUGGAGCACUCAGAGGUGAUGGAGCACUCAGAGGUGAUGGAGCACUCAGAGGUGUGAGAUUAAAUUUCAGGCUUCAAUCAUAAACCUGAUCCAUGUGUUGAGUCUGAAUCAGAAUCAAGUGAAGUCGAUUCUUUAGAUUUUAUUUGUUAUGUUAUUUGGUUUCACACAAAGCUAUUAAAGAAACCACAAAGAACAUAAACACUCUGAGGUCUGUGAGGAGCUGAGAACAUCUUCAUGAUACACUUUCAUUCAUCAAAUUCAUUCCUAAGUGAGACAUUUAGCAAAGGUAGAAAAUAUCUAAACAAAGCAUUAAUGAACACAGAUGUAUGUAAAUAUGUAAAUAACCCCUUUAAGACAUUUCUGUCACUUCCAGAAUUUAUUUAAUCUUUCUGUUUGAUUUGUACACAAACCUCAGUGCUACGGUUCUGUCCUGAUUGUGGCGAGGAACCUGAGGACUCUGAUGAUGAAGGGUGUGUUUAAUGAGACACUGGACAGGACAUGUGAGACGUGAGGAAUGUGGAUUAAGCACCUUAACUAGCAGGUGCUUUGUGUUCCUGCUGCACAAUCAGUCUACAGCGUCACACGGAGGGAUUAAAGAACCCGAUACAGAACCUUUCUCACUCACAUUUCAAACUCCACUCAUUUCACAGCACGAGGUUUCAUCAACAAACUACUAUCUUCAUCAUCAUCAUCAUCAUCAUCAUCAUCAUCAUCAUCAUCAUCAUCAUCAUCAUUAUCUUCAUCACCACAGAAUUCUAAAUCACAUCAUUUAACACAACCUACAGAACAGUGACUUUACUCCUGAGUGGAUGAAGCUGUACAUGAUUUUUAAGAACCUUUACAAUGUUCUUUAAUGCUCCAUGUAGAACCUGUGAGAGAGAAGAACCCUCAGUUAUCCAGGGAACUCUUAAGGAACCCUUUUUCCUAAGAGGCUGUACACUCUUAAAUGAGUACAAUUUCUUCUUCUCCAGUCCUUCUGUAGGGUUCCUGAGGGAUUCAGAGCAGAACCUUUUGUUCAUGUGCUACAAUCUUUAGAUCAUUGCUCAUUAUUACCUAGGGUCUGUCAGGGGUAAACUGUAGGGCACUUGGGCACUUUGAGAGUUCUUCAACAUUUCUGAGGAUAAUCGAAGGUUCUUUGUUUUUUCUGAAUUAGUUUAAAAGGGAAACUUUAAGGGUUCUAGAUUAGUAACGGAGGAGUGUGUGAGUUACAGUCACACUGUUACACCAUGAAGUCUUGAAUAAAAAGGAAGAGAAAUGAUUAUUGGUUUAUGGGUUCUGUAAAAGUCUUAUUAUCAGGAUGCUCACAGACUCCACAGAACCUGCAGUGGUUUACUGAGUUUUAUCACUGACCCUGUCUCCUGUCCUGGGUUUCUGUCCUGAGUUAAAGGACCAUUUAUAGCUGAGGUAACACUGCUAGCUAAAAGGCUAAUUUGUGUUUAGUGUAUGGGAUUAACACACACACACACACACACACAUACACACACAGACACACACACACAUACACACACAGA